CGAACAGGCAAACGCAGAGUGGGUCACCCUCAUGCCCGCUGAACCGACGACCUUAGGCGGGUAGACGGUAGUGGCUGGAUGAGGACUGCUAAGAACCCAAUGUUGUAUCACGCUCCUAGGGAGAGGCCUAUGUCCAGCAGUGGCUUAUUAUUGGCUGAUGAUGAUGACUUCACAUGCCUCCAGAUGCCUCUGGUUCGCGCUGACAGCCGGCGCGUUCUAUGGCGCGGUCUACUGCGGUCUGGCGCAGCUGUCUCGCUACACCAAGGAGCCAGUCGUGGUCUCCAUGCAGAGGGACUUCCGGAGCUGGUGGACCACCUUCCCGGCCGUUACCGCCUGCUUCAUGGAUAGGCUGGAGGUGGACAAGGCGAAGGAGGUCAUUGAGGAAAACUGGAACAUAACCGAAGAGUCCAACCCGGACAAGUACCAGUAUUACCUGACCUUCAUCGAGCUCAUAGCCGACGUGUCGUUCCGGACCAACUUGCAGCAGUUCUGGAAGUACCAGGACGACGAGACGCUGGCCAGCCUGGACCUGCUGAAGCUGGCUCUGAGCGUGCACCCCACCUUCCCGCUCAAUGUCAUGGUCUCUAAGAUUGAUAAGGAGGUCCAAUGGGUGCCCGUAAUGACAGAGAUGGGCAUAUGCAUGACGUUCAACUCGGAGUACUCGGAGUUCCAGUUCCUGAUGCAGAACGUGGACUGGACGGAGGAGGACCUGCUGCGGUGUCACUACCACAGCGGCCAGUGCUAUGUCCGGGUGGAUUCCGUUAAUAAUCCUGUUAGGGUGAGAGGCCGUUAA